UUUAUCAAACAACAAAUACAACUCAUUAUCAAAAAAAUUCACCAACAAUCCCAAUUUGACAGGAAAUAAGUGAGGUUAGGGCACUAUUACUUGUUGAUUAAAGUUUUUGACGUAUGUCAUUGACAUUUCGAUGAUUCUCCUUCGACCGUGGACGUCCGGAAAAACGACGUUGGGUUGUGAGGGCAAAACAUGAUUUAUUAUUAUUUAGUCAGCGUUGAGUAAUACAUUGAAUUCAAUAAUUUUAUUAAUUACAUUUGCACAAAACAAAAAGGAACAUGGCUAGAGACACGGUUGAUUAUGAAAAACAAUAUCAGGAAGAUUUAGAAAGAGCUCAAGCUUUAAGUCUUGAAUCGUUAGCUUUGGAACAGUUUAAAAAGGAAAAAUUAAAGAAGGAGUUAUCUACCGUUGGAAAAAAUGGAAAAACUACCAGUGUAAGUCGUGCCUCUUCAAUGACUGAAACAGAUACAAAUCGAAACGAAAGACUUCAAGUUAAAUCAAGACCCAGACCGGGUACUUUACAAACAAAUCCAACUACACCUUUAAUAGCACCACCUCCCCCGAUUGGCCAAAGAAGAAAUAGCUCAACAUCAAAUAAUUCUAGCGUUGAAAUUUCAACACCUGAUUUAAUCAGUUUUAGUUCUCCGCCGCCAAAUAACAAAGUUUUAGAUCUACAAUUAUUUAAUAAUUUACCAACUCCGCCACAAAGUCAAACACCCCAACAAAUACCAUAUCAACCAUUUCAACAAUCAUUAUUUUCCACUAAUAACCAAAUAACUCAAGGUUAUCAAAGACCAAUUUUGUCAUUGGGCGAUUAUGGGUGGAAGAGUCAAGUUUUUCCAAAGGAUAAUAAUUUUCCAAUCAAACCGAUUAAUUUGAAUUUAAAUAACAGCAAUUUGGUGUAUAAGGGAAGUUCGAUCCAACCAAAUAUCUAUGCUAUUACAUCAAAACAAGAUGGGAAUGGGUCAAAUACCCCAACGAUUCCUCCAGCUUUACCACCAAAAAAUCAUCCAUCAAAAGCACAAAUUCCACCUCCAGUUCCAUCAACAUUGAAGCCUCAAAUUCCGAAAUUCUCCACAAGUAAUUUAAUAGACUUAACCCCGUCCUUAGAUGAUAAAAACAGUGUUAGAGUGAGCAUUUUAAAAGAUUUUGAUCCAUUAUUGAGUGGUUCUGAUGGUCCAACAAGACCAAUGAGUCCUGAUUCUUCAAGUGAAGAGGCAGCAUCUAUGUGUGAGAGCGUUUAUGAUGAAUAUGACCCCUUUGAUUAUAUUUAUUCUGGGUCUGGUGGAAAUAGUACUUCUGAACCUAUUUAUGCUUCUAUUGCGAGCAAAUCUGAUUAUAGUCCAACUCCUCCUUUACCACCGAGAGUUAACUCCACUCUGGAUAGAAGAAAAGUUCAUAAAGAUAAGGAUGAACGAAAAACUCUUCUUUUUGAAAACGUCCGAAUGAUUACUUUGAGGCAAGCAACCAAAGAUGCCGAUUUAAGCGCGUUUUAUAAAAUGGUUUUAGAUGUGAGAAAACAAUUUAGAUACAAUGAUCCAAAUACAAAUAUGGGCCUUGUGGUUAGUCCAAUGGUUGCUUAUAAGUAUAAAGACGCAACUAGCAUAAAAUUAAUCGUUUAUCCUCAUUUUGAUGGUUCAGAUCCAACUCAACCCAUGAGUUUUACUUGUGAUGUCACUACAAGUGUUGAACACGUUACAAUGCAAUUAAUUUGCGGAUUGGACGCUCCUCAAAUAUAUCAAUACACCUUAAAAGUUUGGGGAUACAACGAAUAUUUAGCGCCAACAAGUUUAUUAUGUGAUUACGAAUAUGUUCACACUUGCAUUAAAUUGGAUGAAGAUAUCAAAUUGAUUUUAAUACCUGAUAAUAAAGUUGAUAAAUCCUUAGCUAGAACACCCCAAGAUGAUGCGGCUCAAAUUAAAUUAGAAGAUAUCCUACCGAACGAACCUGUUUUACCAAUUUCGUAUGAUAAUUUAAAAAUUUUAUUGGAAACAUUAGAAAAUGAAAUAAAAAAGCUUGAAACAGCGGCUGAACACAUCGAUAAAACCGACACACCAAGUUCUUUACCUUCCUUACAACCAUCAGGUGUUAUCCAAUCGGUUAAACUCGUCGUUAAUUUAAUGGGAAACUUGGAAACUAUCGAUAUAACGGAAGCUUUGGAAGCUUUAAGGGAUCGAUGUAAUCAGUUUUUACCAACAACUUUAAAUGAUACUUGGAGUGAAAAACCUAUGUCCGAAACUAUAAAAAAUAAUUGUGAAAAAAUAAGAAGUUCUAUUCAGGGAUUAAUUGAUAUGUAUUGCCAAGCAUUUCGAGUUGAUUUCGAAUGGGUUCAUAGAGAUGAUUUUUGUGAUUCUAAACUCUCAAUAACAGAGAUUCAAGACUCUGUGCUUUUAAGAGUUAGCGCGAUUCAUCGACCCGCUCCCGAUUGGAAAUAUGAUAAUUUCGUUGUGGUUGCCCAAGUUUUCCAUGGAACAAGACCGAUUGGUAAACCGGUAGCUACACAACCUUGUGCUUAUUUAGCCAGUUUAUAUCCUAGGAUUUUAGUAAACACUUGGUUAGAUGUAGAAGAUGUUUUAGUAAGCUCCUUAGCUCGCGAAUCCCGUUUAGUACUAAUUUUAUAUGGAAGAACCCUUCAAGCACCUGAAGGUGGUGAUAAAGAAGCUGAACCUCAAUAUAAACAAGAAGAAAUCGGUUGGGCUUCGAUCCAAUUUUUUAAUUACGAUGGUUUAAUGAUAAACGGGAACAUUUUGCUUUCUAUUUGGCCAAAAGAAGCGAAUUAUUUAUAUGGACCAGCUCCGAGUGCUGGGACCCACCCCGAUCCUAAUCACCCCGUUUUUAGUAUUAUAAUAGCUGGAGUUCCAAACUGUUAUUUCCCCCCAGUUACAUCGGAACUUCUUCAAGAUGAAGACCACGGGGAUUUUAACAGUUUAGAUAAUCAAACGCAACAAAUGUUGCAGGAUGUUGUUGAAAAAGAUAUGUUGUUUAAAAUACCAAGUAAUGAUCGCGAAGUUUUAUGGGAAAAGAGGCAUUAUCUUUAUGAUAUUCCCGAAGCUUUACCUAAAGUUCUUUUGGCAGCUCAUUGUUGGGAAUGGGCUUGUUUACCAGAUUUACAUGGAAUGUUAAAGAAAUGGAAGCGAUUAAAACCUGUUGAAGCUAUACAAUUACUUUUACCAAAUUUUCCCGACAUUGAAGUUCGAAAAUUAGCGAUAAGAUGGUUACAAGAACUGAGUAGCGAUGAAUUAGUCGAUUUUCUUCCUCAAUUAGUAGUCGCGUUAAGACACGAAACUUACGAAGAUUCCCCAUUAGCAGCUUUCUUAUUAAAACGCUCCUUACUCUCACUAAGAGUUUCUCAUCAUUUAUUUUGGUUACUCAGUCAUAGUUUACCGGAAAACACCCCCCAGGAGUACAAAUUUGAAAAUGAUAAUUCUUAUAUCGCCGAAGUUAGACAUCACAGACGUUUACAAUUAAUGUUAAGAGCUUUAAUGGCCGUUUCGGGGAAAGCUUUAGGAAAUUGUUUGAUGAAACAAAAAUUUUUAAAUAAACAAUUAAACGACGCGGCUGAAACUAUACAAAAAACCAAAGAAUCACAACGGAUUAAAGUUUUACAUAGUUAUUUAGAUACUUUAAACGCUAAUUUAGAGGAGAAUCCGACAAGUUUACCUUUAUCGCCAACAUUACAAGUUUUGGGAAUUCAAGUCCGAUCAUGUUCUUAUUUUCCAUCGAAUACGCUUCCUUUAAAAAUUAAUUUUCAAGCUAAAGAUGCUUCUUUAAUACCAGCAAUUUAUAAGGUUGGCGAUGAUCUUCAACAAGAUAUGUUAGUACUCCAAAUGGUUCGACUUAUGGAUAAAUUAUGGUUAAAAGAAGGGUUGGACUUAAAAAUGGUCACUUUUGGUUGUGUACCAACUGGAAAAAGAAUUGGGAUUAUCGAAUUAGUCACAGAAGCGGAAACUUUAAGGAAAAUCCAUGUUGAGCAUGGUUUAACAGGCUCUUUUAAAGAUAAACCAAUUGCUGAAUGGUUAGCUAAACAUAAUCCAUCGGAAUUAGAGUAUUCUAGGGCUGUUGAAAACUUUACAGCUUCGUGUGCUGGUUAUUGUGUGGUAACUUAUAUUUUGGGAAUUUGCGAUCGACAUAAUGAUAAUAUUAUGUUGAAAACUUCCGGACAUUUAUUCCAUAUUGAUUUCGGAAAGUUUUUGGGUGACGCACAAAUGUUUGGAAAUUUUAAAAGAGAUAGAGCACCUUUCGUAUUAACAUCCGAUAUGGCUUAUGUAAUAAACGGCGGUGAUAGACCGUCAGAAAAAUUCCACAAAUUCGUAGAUUUAUGUUGUCAAGCUUUUAACAUAAUAAGAAAUAAUGGAAACUUAUUUUUAUAUCUUUUUACAUUGAUGGCUUCGUCUGGAAUUAAAGGUGUAACCGCGGAGGCGGUCAAUAAUUUAAGUCAAGCUUUACUUCCUGGGUUAUCUAAUCCGGAAGCUGCUGCAUAUUUCGCACGGUUAAUUGAGAGUUCAUUAAAAUCAUGGUUUACACAAAUUAAUUUCUUUUUGCACAAUUUGGCUCAAUUUAAAUUGUCAGGUGAACAAGAAGGUGGUGAAUUAUUAUCGUUUGUACCCAAGAAAUACACUAUGUCUAGUGACGGUCGUUUAUCUCAUGUUCAAGUCUUAGGAUUUCGAAAACUUUACGAUCCGGAUAAAUACUAUGUUUAUAUAUUAAGGACGUGGAGACAUAAUCAAGUUCAACAUAUGGAUGUUUUUAGGACUUAUAAGGAGUUUUGUGAAUUUCAUCAAAAGUUGUGCAUUCAUUUUCCUUUGGCGAAACUUUUCAGCCUAUCAACCGGACUUCACGUGGGGAGAUCGAACAUAAAAAACGUCGCCAGGAAGAGAUUCGCGGAAAUCACCCAAUUUAUAGCUUCGUUAUUUCAAACAGCCGAAGAAAUUUGUCAUUCAGAUUUGGUUUAUACUUUUUUCCAUCCGUUAUUAAGAGAUCAAACGUCUGAACAACGAUGUAAAAAAGUUAAAGAUCGCCGGAUUGAAGAAAAAAGUGAAAUUGGUCGAUUAAAAGGCCAAUUAAAAUUGUCGUUACAUUUUCAAAGGGGUGUUUUUCGAGUUAUGGUCCAUCACGCUCGCGGUUUACCUUUAUUGGGUAAUAAUCAAGAACCCAAUACUUACGUGAAAGUUUAUUUACAACCGGAUCAAGGAAAAACCACCAAAAGAAAAACGAAAGUUGUCAGGAGAAAUUGCCAUCCGAGUUUUAUGGAAACGCUGGAAUAUCGAAUGUCUUUGGAUAUUAUCAUGGAAAGAACUUUAAGAGCAACAGUUUGGAAUUAUGAUCCGCUUCAAGAAAACGAAUUUUUAGGCGGUGUUGAGUUGGAAUUGAACAAUUUUGAUUUAAGCAAAGAAAUAACUGAAUGGUAUUCGUUGGUUAAUAUCGUAAGAUAAUGAUUUAAUAUUUUUCCAGAUAAAUAGGACUGCCAUUGUGUUGUGUAACAAUUUCACUGAAAUCAACAAGAAAAUAUUUCUUAUCUUUUUUAUUUUGGUGCUAGUUCAACCUUGGAAUUUAUUAAUUAAUUAAUCAACAGAA